GCUGAGGCCGGGGCCAUGUCGACGCUGGCCCCCCUGCGCCUGCUGCGCGAGCCCUGGAACGCCAGUGAAGGCAACCAGAGCAACGCCACAGCUGGGGCCGGCGGCGCCUGGUGCCAGGGGCUGGACAUCCCCAAUGAACUCUUCCUGACACUGGGGCUGGUGAGCCUGGUGGAGAACCUGCUGGUGGUGGCCGCCAUCCUCAAGAACAGGAAUCUGCACUCUCCCAUGUACUACUUCAUCUGCUGCCUGGCCGUCUCCGACAUGCUGGUGAGCGUCAGCAACCUGGCCGAGACGCUCUUCAUGCUGCUGAUGGAGCACGGCGUGCUGGUGAUCCGCGCCAGCAUCGUCCGCCACAUGGACAACGUCAUCGACAUGCUCAUCUGCAGCUCCGUCGUGUCCUCCCUCUCCUUCCUGGGGGUCAUCGCCGUGGACCGCUACAUCACCAUCUUCUAUGCACUGCGCUACCACAGCAUCAUGACGCUGCAGCGCGCCGUGGUCACCAUGGCCAGCGUCUGGCUGGCCAGCACCGUCUCCAGCACCGUCUUCAUCACCUACUACCGCAACAACGCCAUCCUGCUCUGCCUCAUCGGCUUCUUCCUCUUCAUGCUGGUCCUCAUGCUGGUGCUCUACAUUCACAUGUUCGCGCUGGCUCGCCAUCACGUGCGCAACAUCUCCAGCCAGCAGAAGCAGCCCACCAUCUACCGCACCAGCAGUCUGAAGGGAGCCGUCACGCUCACCAUCCUGCUGGGAGUCUUCUUCAUCUGCUGGGGGCCCUUCUUCUUCCACCUCAUCCUCAUCGUCACCUGCCCCACCAACCCCUUCUGCACCUGCUUCUUCAGCUAUUUCAACCUCUUCCUCAUCCUCAUCAUCUGCAAUUCAGUGGUUGAUCCCCUGAUCUACGCCUUCCGGAGCCAGGAGCUCCGGCGGACGCUGAGGGAGGUGGUGCUGUGCUCCUGGUACAGAUCGCUGCCCGACAGCAGCAAUGCAAGCACCGGUUCCGGCACCAGCGCCAUGGGGGAAUCCGGCGGCCCCCGAGGGGCAACACCGGGGGGUGGGGGCUGCGGAGCGCGACCACCUGGGGACAAAGGCGGCUCCUUUGGCGAAUGCCAUCGCCUUUGUUCUACGGCAGCGCACGCUGCGGUCCGCGGGACUCCGGGACACCGCGCCCUCCCCCGCAGCGCGGUGCCGCCGGGUCGGCUCGGGCCGCUGCCGGGGCCGCGCAGUGCAGCGGGGUCGAACCCGGCAGGAGCGAAUCGGACCGGGCCGGGUCGGGUCGGGACGGGCGGGGCUGGGCGGGGCGGCGGCGGCGCCGGUGCCGCAGGGGCAGUUGCAGCGCUGCGGCGGAGGCCGAUGAUUGGCGGCGGAGCGACGGUGACGUCAGCGCCCGGCCCGGUGCGGCGCGGGGCGGCUAUAAAGGCGGCGGCGGCGGCGGAACCGCCCCCCGCGCUCCCGGUGCCGCUCCGCUCUCGGUGCCGCUCCGCUCCAGACCCGCUCCGGUCCGGCCGCACCAUGAGGGAGAUCGUCCACAUCCAAGCGGGGCAAUGCGGCAACCAGAUCGGCGCCAAGUUCUGGGAGGUGAUCAGCGAUGAGCAUGGCAUAGACCCCAGCGGCAACUACGUGGGCGACUCGGACCUGCAGCUGGAGCGAAUCAGCGUCUAUUACAAUGAGGCCUCCUCUCACAAGUACGUGCCUCGCGCCAUCCUGGUGGAUCUGGAGCCGGGCACGAUGGACAGCGUGCGCUCGGGUGCCUUCGGGCACCUCUUCCGCCCCGACAACUUCAUUUUCGGUCAGAGCGGGGCCGGCAACAACUGGGCCAAGGGGCAUUACACGGAGGGGGCCGAGCUGGUGGACUCGGUGCUGGACGUGGUGCGGAAGGAGUGUGAGAACUGCGACUGCCUGCAGGGCUUCCAGCUGACCCACUCCCUGGGUGGGGGCACGGGCUCAGGCAUGGGCACGCUGCUGAUCAGCAAGGUGCGUGAGGAGUACCCCGACCGCAUCAUGAACACUUUCAGCGUGGUGCCGUCCCCCAAGGUGUCGGAUACGGUGGUGGAACCCUACAACGCCACGCUCUCCAUCCAUCAACUGGUGGAGAACACAGAUGAGACCUACUGCAUCGACAACGAGGCGCUGUACGACAUCUGCUUCCGCACGCUCAAGUUGGCCACCCCAACCUAUGGAGACCUCAACCACCUCGUCUCGGCCACCAUGAGCGGCGUCACCACCUCGCUGCGCUUCCCCGGGCAGCUCAAUGCUGACCUGCGCAAGCUGGCCGUCAACAUGGUGCCCUUCCCACGCCUUCACUUCUUCAUGCCUGGCUUCGCCCCGCUGACAGCACGUGGCAGCCAGCAGUACCGUGCCCUCACCGUCCCCGAGCUCACCCAGCAGAUGUUUGAUGCCAAGAACAUGAUGGCCGCCUGCGACCCGCGCCACGGCCGCUACCUCACCGUGGCCACCGUCUUCCGCGGCCGCAUGUCCAUGAAGGAGGUGGACGAGCAGAUGCUGGCCAUCCAGAGCAAGAACAGCUCCUACUUCGUGGAGUGGAUCCCCAACAACGUCAAAGUUGCAGUGUGUGACAUCCCACCCCGCGGCCUCAAGAUGUCCUCCACCUUCAUCGGCAACAGCACGGCCAUCCAGGAGCUCUUCAAGCGCAUCUCGGAGCAGUUCACCGCCAUGUUCCGCCGCAAGGCCUUCCUGCAUUGGUACACAGGGGAGGGAAUGGACGAGAUGGAGUUCACCGAGGCGGAGAGCAACAUGAAUGACCUGGUGUCAGAGUACCAGCAGUACCAGGAUGCCACGGCCGAGGAGGAGGGCGAGAUGUACGAGGAUGAUGAGGAGGAGUCGGAGGCACAGGGUGCCAAGUGACGGCCCCGCACUCGCUGCUUCGGGGGGGCCCUGGCCUCGCCCCUUGGUGUCUGCUCCCCUCAGCCCCAUGUUAGCUCAACCCCUCCUGUGCCCCUUCCCUAUGGCCUCCCCUUUUCCCCUUUUUUUGUUUUUUACUGUUUGUGUCUCAUAUUUUUUUUGAAUACUCAAUAAAUUUAUGGCUGUCCGGUUA